AUGAGGACGGGCAGCAAUCGCCGCCACAACAACGGCAGCAUUGGCGGUAAGAUCGAAUCGAAUAGCCCCAGUGUAGCCAAUCUGCAGGAGGCCAUCCUGCAGCUGCUUCCACAGCGCGCUAGCGAGGAGGAUGCCGCGGCGUACAUCGACGUGAGCGGCCCAGUAGACGCCAACCAGACGCUCAUCCGCUACGAUAUCCCCUACGCGCCCAGCGACCCUAAGCGGUCGCUGAAGCUGCGCAAGAGUCUCGGCCUAGGCGCCGAGGAGCGCGUCGUCGACCCGAACGUGCGCGUCGUCAUUGACAGCUUCAUCACGCCGCGUCGAUGGGUAGAUGCGUCGACGGGGGUGGUUUGGGUGCAGCACGCUAGCCCGUUUCCGUCCUCUCGUAUCGACGCCGCGGAGACGCAGGAGCGCCUGCACGCCCAACUCGAGGCUCACCAGGCGCGCCGCACCGGCACCAGCCCCAUCCGUUCGCUCCUUGUCGCCGAGUGCAUGCUGGAGGUACUGCGCCAAGUGACGGCGGAGUGCUGGGAGCGUGGCCUGCUGCUGCUGCACGUACACUCGGAGCGGGUGGCAGCCCAGGCAGCACAUCGACGCCUUUUCGAAAGUCGUGUCGGCCAUGCCUUCCGUCUUGCCCUAAAGGGCGAGAAGGACGUGGCGAAGGUGGAGGAGGACAUGGCUGCGCUGAAGCAGCGCGUCGAGCUGCUCGGCCAGGAAGAGGCAGACCUGCGACGCCUGUGCAGCGAGUUCGAGCAGCGUGCCGAGGAGCAGGUGCUCAUCGCGAACAAGGAGCACAGCGACGCCCUUACAAAACUGAAGCGGGAGGGUGUUCAGAAGCGGGCACAGUUAGAGCAGCAGCUGGUGAUUCCAGCAAACUUGCAGUAG